AUGGCUUCCCAAGCAAAACCCCAUAUCAAUGGAGCAGACAGUGAUAUAGAUGCAUAUUUUACAGGUCCGAUCGAUGCUACGAAGGCCUCCAAGCUACCCUAUUUUAUGCGCCUUCGUGGCUCCGUACUACCAGGAUUGAUCCUCCCAAUGCUCUUCGUGGCCGCAUGGGCCGUCUGGAUUACGUGUGUGCAUGUACUCAUCACACCACUCAAUAUAAACUCGGUUCUUUUGACGGUUCUCGGUUUUCUGGUCGGUUUAGCUUUGUCGUUUAGAUCAUCAACUGCCUAUGAGAGGUACAACGACGGCCGAAAGUGCUGGAGUGCCUUGGCCCUCAACGUUCGAAAUCUUGCUCGCAUCAUCUGGGUUCACAUCCGCGAGCGUGAAGGCGAUCUUGCUGAGGAGGAUGUGCUAGGAAAGCUGACUGCUAUGAACCUGCUUCUCGCAUUCUGCGUCGCUCUCAAACAUAAACUUCGCCAUCAACCUGAAUACGACUAUAGAGAUCUUCAAGGCCUUAUCAGCCAUUUACAAACUUUUGCUAAGGAUGCACACCACGAUGGAUGUCUUCCUCCCAGGAAAACAUUGAGUACUUCUCAGCGUAUUUCUAACUAUUUAGGAAUCACUUUCCUUGAAAAGCAUUCAACUCACCGCUAUAAGGCGUAUAAAAGAGCUGGAAAGCUCCAUGGAAAUCUUCCUUUAGAAAUCAUGACCUACAUCAGCUCUUACAUCGAUAGCUCUAUCGCCGGUGGAAACAUGCCAAUAUCAGCUUGUCAGAGUGUUGCUAUGGCAUACCUUGGUGGUAUGAAUGACGCUCUUACCAAUUGUGAACGCAUAUCUCAAACACCCCUACCAAUCGCGUAUAAUAUCGUCAUUAGCCAGAUUACCUGGCUAUAUGUCCUCUUUCUACCAUUUCAACUUGUUGCCACCUUGAAAUGGAUUACGAUUCCCGGCACCUUGAUCGCCGCUUAUAUUAUUCUCGGUUUUGCAGCAAUCGGCCGAGAGAUUGAGGACCCGUUUGGAGACGACGUGAAUGAUUUAAAUCUUGAUCUUUACUGUGAGACUCUCUCAAUUGAACUUGAUAUGAUCAUGUCGGCCCCACCACCGAAGCGCGAGUGGAUUAACCGCGACAACAAUUACGUCAUGUUCCCCAAUAUGCAUGAGGGAUAUCCUGCUUGGAAGGCCAAGGGUGUCGCCAAAAUAAGAGAAGAGCUCAUGAAGAAACCGAUGCGCCAUAUAAAUCCAGAGUUUGCAAGGGAGUUCCGCCAUAGCGAGCUUGUGGAUAGGGAUGCAGAGAUUGAAAAAAAAGGACAACAUAAAGAAGUUGUUGAGGCUACGAGUAAGGGGGAGCAAUCUGGUGGACGUGCGGUCGAAACUAUUCCAAUUCCAACAGACAUUUCAGAUGCUGUCUGA